AUGAAGAUCAUGAUCAUUAUUUUACAUAUUUUAGUUCUAGUUCAAGAUUAUUCAGCUCAAUAUGAUGAUGAUGAUGAUCAAUCGAUUCUCUUAACUAAAAUUGUUGAAACAUCAACAACAAUUAAUUCCCUUAAUUUAAUUCUACAAACUACAAAUGAAUCAAUAAUAGAAGAAAAUACAACAAAUAUUGUAGAAUCAACAAAUGAAGUAAAUAAUAUUUCAACAAUAUUAACAACAGAAGAUAAUCAAUGGUCAUCCGUAUUUAGUUCAACUUUUGUUUCAAAUAAUUUUGAUUUAACAACAUUUGAAAAUAAAAUUAUUUAUCAAAAACAACAAUGGUUAAAUAUUAAUGAAAAUUCUUCAAUAUUUUGGAGAAAAAUAAACGAUGAUUCAACUUAUAUAAUAAGAUCUGAAGGUCAUUGUCUUGAACAGAUGUGUUCUAUAAAAUUAAAAUAUAAUGGAUCAUUAUCAAAUACUAUUGACGGUUGUUUAUCAUUUAUUCUUUGGACAUACGGUAAACCAGUUGGACAAUUAUGGAUUGAAGAAGAUGAAAAACAAGAAAGUUUUUCACAAAAAAUUCAAUUAACAAAUUCAAGUUUACGUGUUGAACAUUCAUUAAGAUCAAAAAUAAAAAAUUUAUCAAUUGAUGCACGAAUAUUAUUUCGAAAUUCUCAAAUAGAUGCUAUUACAUUAUCGAAUUUAAAUAUCACUUGGAAUGGAUCUUGUCAAAAAUAUUCUUCAAUAACAUCAUCAACAUCAACAUCGGAAAAUCCUGUUGAAAUAUUAACAUCAACUGAUUAUUCAAUAAUAUUUAGUAGUGAAAAUGAAAAUAUAUCUGAAACAAGUAUAUUAUCAACAAUUGAAUUAACAACAAUUAAAUUAAAUGAAAAGAAAAUAUCAUAUUCUUUUAUUAAUCAAAUGAAUAUUGGAUGGUUUUUAUUCUUAAUUAUUUUCUUUUGUUUAUUAAUAAUAAUUUUAUCAUUUAUUUAUGGGAUUUGGUCAAUACAAAAACAUUAUCGUUAUAUAUGGUAUAUUCCAUAUGAUUAUCCAAUUCAAUUUCUUUCACGAACAUCAGUUCGUUCAUCAACAAGAUCACAAAAUAAAAUUCAAACACUUGCACAAAUAACUUCACAAAUUUUUCAAGAAAAAUAUUUUGAUACUUCGACAACACAUAGUAAUCGAUCAACAACAUCUUCAACAUUUUAUACUUAUUUUUAA